GUCACACCCCAACACCCCCAUCAGAUACGCCCCUGGUAACUAAUUAACAAAAAUAACGCAAAUCCUCAAACCUCAGCUUGGGGCUUUAUUUUUUUAGAUCUUUUUUAUCUCAUAGGGGGAUGGGCCAAUUCGCGGAUUUAUGGAUGGUUUCUGCCCCCUUUCGUAGAAGAUCGCCGCUGCGCCAAUGCCUGCGCAGUAUCUCCUUGCAUUACACGUGGGAAGAGCGUUCGUCGUGUUCCUAAACUCUAAGAAGAAACAGCAAAGACCAUUGAUAUCUAAGAACUUGAAGAUGUUACAGGCAGGAAAUGGUUGUGAUGAGCAUUGUGAUAUGGAUACAAAAUAUAAAGACAAAGUUACAGUUUUGAAGACCAGAGCAGUAAACUAUCUGCUUACAAAAUUAAGAGACAAAGAGACCUGUGCCAAAGAUUUCAUGAUUCAUGGUGACAGGCUUAUGCGCAUCUUGGCAGAGGAGGCCCUUGCCAGCUUACCAAAUGUUGGCUAUGGCACAGUAGAUACACCAUGUGGAAAAAGUAAGGGUUUGGUCAAAAAGGGGGAGCUGAAGCUUUGUGUUGUCUCCAUUCCAAGGUCUGGUGAUAUUCUUCAAGAAGCUGUAAGACAAAUAAAACCUGGGGUGAGAAUUGGGAAGAUACUAAUACAGCGAGAUGAGUCUACUAAAGAUAAAAGGCCUAUAUUGUAUUACAAGAAAUUACCGAGGGAUAUUUCUGAAUGUUUUGUCAUUCUGGUUGAUCCAAUGUUGGCUACUGCUGGCAGUGCCAAACGUGCUAUUGCAGUUCUAAUUGAGGCUGGAGUGAAAGAGGAAUGCAUUAUGUUUCUUAAUCUUGUCUGUUGUCCUGAAGGAAUAAAAAAUCUUUUUUGUGCAUAUCCAAAUGUUUCAGUCAUGACAGGUGCUAUUGACAAAUGCUUGAAUGAACACAUGUUCAUAGUACCAGGAUUAGGUGAUUAUGGAGAUAGGUAUUAUGGUACUGUUUAGCCAAGAGUAAUAUUUUUCUAAGAGAGAUCAAUAACUGUAGCUUGUAACAACAAUUUGUAAAAAAAUUGAUCUAUA